AUGGCGUAUUUUGCUUUUUCCUUUGGAAACAAUAAUUUGGAUGUUGUUUCAAUUUAUUUGGAUUUUGCUGAUCUGAAAGAAGCACUUGUUGGUUGGCAUUCCUGUGUACAAUUUGCUUUAUUCUUAUGGAAUCCAGAAGAUUCAACAUUAUCUGUUCCUCAUAGUGCAAAUCAUUGUUUUACUGCCGAAGAAUCAGAUUGGGGAUUUACACGGUUUUGCAGUCACUAUAGGCUGUUUUUCCCAUUGGAGAAUCGCACUCGUUCACUAAUAGAAAACGAUACUUGUAAUAUUACGGCAUUUGUUCGCAUUUUAAAGGAACCAAAUGGUCUUCCAUGGCAUAACUUUAUAACAGAUUAUGAUUCGAAAAUAAUGACAGGAUAUGUUGGCUUAAAAAAUCAAGGGGCAACUGAUUAUAUGAAUGUUGAGUUGCAAUUAUUAUACAGCUUAAAAUAUUUUCGUAAAGCGAUAUAUCAAAUUCCGACUGAAAAUUAUGAACCAGUGAAAAGUAUUCCUUUGGCUAUGCAAAGAAUUUUUUAUCAAUUGCAAACAUCAGAUACUUCAGUUGAAACGACGGAAUUAACGAAAUCUUUUGGGUGGGAUUCGUCAAAUUGUCAUGUGCAGCAUGAUUUACAGGAGUUUGAUAGAGUGUUACUAGAUUAUUUAGAGAAUAAAAUGAAGAAUACAAAUGUAGGUGAUGUCAUUUCUAGACUUUUUGCUGGAAAAAUGAAGAAUUAUAUUAGAUGUGUCAACGUAAAUUAUGAAUGUUCACUAAGAUUCAAUUUAAUCGCGAUAGAUAUUCUUCUUGAAGUAAAGGGAUCUAAAACUUUAAGCGAUUCUUUCAUGAAUUAUAUUCUUGAAAAAUCUUGUAAAGGAAAUAAUAAAUAUCAAACUGAAAAUUAUGAUUUACAAGAUGCAAAAAAAGGUGUAAUUUUUGAGAGUUUUCCACCUGUACUACGUAUACAAUUUAAACGGUUAGAAUAUGAUUGUCAAAAGGAUACUUUAGUAAAGAUAAAUGAUCGUCUCGAAUAUCCUCUGAAGAUUGAUUUACAAAGAUAUUUAUCACCAGAUAGUGAUAGAUCAAAAUCGCACAAUUAUUUACUUCAUGGAGUAAUUGUUCGCAAUGGUGAUUUACAUGAAGGCAGUUAUUAUAUUUUUUUAAAGCCAGAAAAGAAUGGCAAAUGGUGUGAAUUUCAACAAUAA